AUGGCAUCGCUGCUGUGCAACGCCCGAAUCCAGCUCACAGACACGCUGGAGCAGAUGCAGCAAGGGACGCUGAUGCGCAAAGUCAAGUCCAAGAGCUGGAAGAAGCAGCGUUACUUCAAGCUGCAGGAUGACUGCAUGACCAUCUGGUACCAGUCCAAGAGGAUGGGCAAAAUUGAGUCUGCCUUCUCCAUCAGCGAUGUGGAGACGGUGCGAGAAGGGCAUCAGUCAGAGGUGCUGCAGAGCCUGGCCGAGGAGUUCCCCCCCGAGCGCUGCUUCACCAUUGUCUUCUAUGGCCGCCGGGGCAACCUGGACCUCAUUGCCAGCUCAGCAGAGGAGGCGCAAUGCUGGGUCCAGGGCUUGCGCCAGCUCAUCGAGGUGGCCACCAGCAUGGACCAAAGGGAGAAGAUAGACCAGUGGAUUCGUGACUGGUUUCAGAAAGCCGACAAGAAUAAGGAUGGGCGCAUGAACUUCAAGGAGGUGCAGCGUCUCCUCAAGAUGAUGAACGUGGACAUGAAUGAGGAUCAUGCCUUGCGUCUCUUCCAGGCUGCUGACAAGUCGGAGUCAGGGACACUGGAAGGGGAGGAGUUCGUGCUCUUCUACAAGGCCCUCACGCAACGUGAGGAGGUGCUGAGCCUCUUCCAGGACUUCUCCGAGGAUGGGAAGAAGCUGACGCUGCUGGAGCUGGUGGAUUUCCUGCGGCAGGAGCAGCUGGAGGAUGAGGGCACAGAGGAGCUGGCCAUGGAACUCAUCGACAAGUACGAGCCAUCAGAGACAGGUGAGAGCCAGCCCGGACAUCGUGCUGACGGGUUCCUCAUGUACCUCUGCUCCCCGGAGGGCUCCAUCUUCAACCCCCGGCACCGGGCGCUGUGGCAGGACAUGAACCAGCCGCUCUGCCACUACUUCAUCUCCUCCUCCCACAACACCUACCUGAUAGAGGACCAGAUCCGGGGCCAGAGCAGCAUCGAGGGCUACAUCAGGGCUCUGAAACGGGGCUGCCGGUGCCUGGAGGUGGAUUGCUGGGACGGGCCGAACGGGGAGCCCAUGGUGUACCAUGGCCACACCUUCACCUCCAAGAUCCCUUUCCGGGAGGUGGUGAGCACCCUGGGGAAGUACGCCUUCAAGACCUCGGACUACCCGGUGAUCCUGUCCCUGGAGAACCACUGCAGCAUGGAGCAGCAGGAGGUCCUGGCCCAGCAGCUCAAGGCUAUCCUGGGGGAACAGCUCCUCACCGCCACCACUGAUGGGCACGUCCCCACCCAGCUCCCAUCCCCAGAGGAGCUGAAGCACAAGAUCCUGGUGAAGGGGAAGAAGAUCGGGCGGCUGGAGGACACACUGGACGGGCCGGGGGACGAGGCGCCCGAGGUGUCUGAUGAUGACAAUGGGGCAGAGGCGGAGGAGGAGAGGCGGAGGGUGAAGGCUGCCUGCGGUGGGGGUGCUGUCACCCCCAGCACUGCCUGGCUGUUCUCCGCCGAGGCCAAGGCCAGGAAGCUCAUCCGGGACGCAGGGAAUGAGUUUGUCCGCCACAACGCCUGGCAGCUGACACGCAUCUACCCUAGUGGGAUGCGGACUGACUCCUCCAACUACAGCCCCCAGGAGAUGUGGAACGUGGGGUGCCAGAUCGGUACGGCCCUGAACUUCCAGACAGCCGGCACGGAGAUGGACCUGUGUGAUGGGCUCUUCAGCCAGAAUGGCCGCUGUGGCUAUGUGCUCAAACCGCCCUUUAUGAGGGACGAGGAGACUGUCUUCAACCCCAGUGACCCUGGCAGCUGGGAGGGCCCUGGCCCCAUCACCCUGACGAUCCAGGUGAUCAGCGGGCAGCAGCUGCCCAAAGUGGCCAACAGCAAGGAUGGAGCCGUCAUCGACCCGCUGGUGCGCGUGGAGAUCCACGGGGUCCCCGCAGACCAGGCGCACCAGGAGACCAAGUACAUCGAGAACAACGGGUUUAACCCCCGCUGGGAUGAGACGCUCCAGUUCCAGCUCCACGUCCCCGAGCUGGCCCUCGUCCGCUUCGUGAGCAGAGUGGGGGCAGCCAUCAGCCAGAGCCUCGCUGUCCCCCCUGCAGGCUACCGCCACAUCCAUCUCCUCUCCAAGGAUGGCACCAGCAUCCCACCUUCUUCGCUCUUCGUCCACAUCCGCAUCACCGAGCCGCCCAGCCCCGAGCAGGACUGA